AUGCCGGCUCUGCCAGCACUGCUGCUGUCGAUUACCGUCCUGCUGCUGACCGCGGCUCCGCUCUCCUUCAGCCGGGCCAGCAUCCUCUCUGCCGUCCGGAUGGCGGCCAUUUUGGAUGACCAGUCGGCGUGCGGUCGUGGCGAGCGUCUGGCGCUGGCUCUGGCGAGGGAGAACAUCAACAGCCUGAUGGAGGGCUCCUCCCGGGCGAGGGUGGAGGUGGACGUCUACGAGCUGCUGAAGGACUCCCACUACGACACCACUGACACCAUGUGUCAGAUCCUGCCAAAGGGCGUGGUCUCCGUGAUUGGCCCCGCCUCCAGCCCCGCCUCGGGGUCCACCAUCAGUCACAUCUGUGGGGAGAAAGAGAUCCCUCACGUGAAGAUCGGCCCGGAGGAGACCCCGAAGCUGCCGUACCUCCGCUUCGCCUCCGUGACGCUUUACCCGAGCAACGAGGACCUGAGCCUCGCCAUCGGGUCCAUCCUGCAGUCCUUCGGCUACCCGACGGCCAGCCUCGUGUGUGCCAAGGCCGAGUGCCUGCUGCGACUGGAGGAGCUGGUCCACCGCUUCCUCAUCUCCAGGGAGACGCUGUCGGUGCGGAUGCUGGACGACAGCCUGGACCCCACCCCUCUGCUGAAGGAGAUCCGGGACGACAAGGUGGCCACCAUCAUCAUCGACGCCAACGCCUCCAUCUCCUUCCACAUCCUCCGGAAGGCACACGAGCUGGGGAUGAUGUCGGCCUUCUACAAGUACAUCCUCACCACCAUGGACUUCCCUCUCCUGGUCCUGGACCCGGUGGUGGGUGAGCAGUCCAACAUCCUGGGCUUCUCCAUGCUGAACUCCAGCCACCCGUUCUACCUGGAGUUCCUCCGCAGCCUCAACCUGUCGUGGAAGGAAGGCUGCAACCUGAGUCCGUACCCGGGCCCGGCGCUGUCCUCGGCCCUGAUGUUCGAUGCGGUCCACGUGGUGGUGAGCGCCGUGCGGGAGCUGAACCGCAGCCAGGAGAUCGGAGUGAAGCCGCUGAGCUGCACGUCUCCGCUCAUCUGGCAGCACGGAACCAGCCUCAUGAACUACCUGCGGAUGGUGGAGUACGAUGGUCUGACCGGUCACAUUGAGUUCAACAGCAAAGGCCAGAGGACCAAUUACACCCUGAAGAUCCUGGAGAAACACCCGGGGGGCCACAAAGAGAUCGGUACCUGGUUCUCCAACAACACGUUGGUCAUGAACGCCACCUCGUUGGACCUCAACGCGUCGGAGACGCUGGCCAACAAGACGCUGGUCGUCACGACGAUACUGGAAAACCCGUACGUGAUGCAUAAGUCCAACUACCAGGAUCUCCGUGGCAACGACCGGUACAAGGGCUUCUGCGUGGACAUGCUGAGGGAGCUGUCGGCCAUCUUGAAGUUCUCCUUCAGGAUCAAGCUGGUGGACGACCGCGUGUACGGAGCGCCGGAGCCCAACGGGAGCUGGACGGGGAUGGUGGGGGAGCUCAUCAACAGGAAAGCCGACCUGGCGGUAGCCGGCUUCACCAUCACCUCGGAGAGAGAGAAGGUGAUUGAUUUCUCCAAACCCUUCAUGACUCUGGGGAUCAGCAUCCUGUACCGGGUCCACCUGGGCCGUAAACCGGGUUACUUCUCCUUCCUGGACCCGUUCUCGCCGGCCGUCUGGCUCUUCAUGCUGCUCGCCUACCUCGCCGUCAGCUGCGUCCUCUUCCUCGCCGCCAGGAUCAGCCCCUACGAGUGGUACAACCCUCACCCGUGCCUGCGGGAGCGGCGGGACGUCCUGGAGAACCAGUACACGCUGGGGAACAGCCUGUGGUUCCCAGUGGGCGGCUUCAUGCAGCAGGGCUCAGAGAUCAUGCCGCGGGCGCUGUCCACCCGCUGCGUCAGCGGAGUCUGGUGGGCGUUCACCCUCAUCAUCAUCUCGUCCUACACGGCCAACCUGGCGGCGUUUCUGACGGUGCAGAGGAUGGAGGCUCCCAUCGAGUCUCCGGACGAUCUGGCCGAACAAACCAACAUCCAGUACGGCACCAUCCACGGGGGGUCCACCAUGACCUUCUUCAUGAACUCGCGGUACCAGACAUACCAGCGGAUGUGGAACUACAUGAACUCCAAGCAGCCCAGCGUGUUCGUGAAGAGCACCGAGGAAGGCAUCGCCCGCGUCCUCAACUCCAAGUACGCCUUCCUGAUGGAGAGCACCAUGAACGAGUAUUACCGCAGCCUCAACUGCAACCUCACGCAGAUCGGAGGCCUGCUGGACACCAAAGGUUACGGCAUCGGCAUGCCUCUGGGGUCUCCGUACAGAGACGAGAUCACUCUGGGCAUCUUGCAGCUGCAGGAGAGCAACCGGCUGGAGAUCCUGAAGCGGCACUGGUGGGAGGGGGGGCAGUGUCUCAAAGAAGAGGACCACCGAGCCAAAGGUCUCGGCAUGGAGAACAUCGGGGGGAUCUUCGUGGUCCUGAUCUGCGGCCUCAUCAUCGCCGUCUUCGUGGCCAUCAUGGAGUUCCUGUGGUCGACGCGACGCUCCGCCGAGACGGACGAGGUUUCCGUUUGUCAGGAGAUGCUGACGGAGUUUCGAAACGCCGUCUCCUGUAAGAAGAGUUCUCGCUCCCGGCGCCGCCGUCCUCUGAGCAGCGCCGGGGGCGGAGUCCUGCGCCACCCGCCGCGCCUGGCUCUGGCCACGCCGCGGCCCCUCCGCCUGGUCCGCGAGAUGCGCCUCAGCAACGGGAAACUCUACAGCGGCGCCGGCCCGCUGACGGGUGUGGGAGGGCUCCCUGAUUUGGGUCCGGGGCCACAGAGGCUGCUGGAGGACCCGCUGGGCGCCAACACCGCCACCUGCGCGCCUCCUCCGGUGUCGGCCCUGGUGGCUCCUCCCCCCCCGCUGCGCAGCUUCCUGCAGGGCUGCAGCCACGUGCGGAUCUGCCAGGAGUGCCGGCGGAUCCAGAGCUUGAGGCCGGCCACGCUCACGCCUCCCCCGCCUCCGCCCCAGUCCUCCUCCUCCUCCGUCUCCUCCUGCUCCCGGAUCCCUCCCCCCGGAGGUCACCACCUCCACCCCCACCACCUCCACUACCACCACGGCUCCAUGUCGCUGCCCCGCCUCCCACCGCCGCCUCCUCCGAUCCCAGCAGACAGAGCCGACAGCGACGGGGGCGGGGGGCCGUCGAGUCCGCAGCUGGGCAACACCAAACCGCCGCCGCCACCGAGGCCACUGCCUCCCCCGAAGACGCCGCCGCGGCCGCCGACGGACUUACUGGCUGCAGACGGACAAACAGGAAGUGGCAGCCAGACGGACGCCGUCCUGGGGAAUCGUUUGUUGCCCCCCAUCCCCGCAUUCAGUCCUCCAACCCUCCGCCAAUCAUCGCGCUCCGUGCCAAUCAGAGUCCACGAGAUCCACGAGAUCCACAAGAUCCACAAGAUCCCCGAGAUCCACAAGAUCCCCGAGAUCCACGAGAUCCACAAGAUCCACGAGAUCCACGUUUCAUAA